GUUUUUUGCAGCUUCUAAUCUGUUUCUUUCCCACCACCUGUCCCAGAGAGGAUGGAAUUAUAGCAGGUUGAUUCCCUCAGUUCAUUUAAUUUCGAGUCUGAGCCAGAGGCAAAAGCGAAGUCCAUCAAAGAAGCCUGGAAUUCCUUGUUGUGAUCCCUUGAAGGAGGAGGAGGAGGAAGAGGAGGAGGAGGUGGCGCCGGCGGUGAUGGCAACUUCUGGUUCGGCGAUCUCGAGGAGAUCAAGCCCUUCGGAGAGGGACAUGGUGGAGGAAGACGGUGAAGAUAGUCCCAGGAACGGAGGGAGCUCUAGCAACAGCACGGUGGAGGAGAACGAUCGCAAGGUGGCCGUGCGUCAGUACGUCAGAUCCAAGAACCCAAGGCUCCGAUGGACACCUGACCUACACCUUUGCUUCGUCCAUGCCGUGGAGAGACUCGGCGGCAAAGACCGAGCAACACCAAAGCUGGUCCUCCAGCUGAUGAAUGUAAAGGGACUAAGCAUAGCUCACGUCAAGAGUCACUUGCAGAUGUACAGAAGCAAGAAUGAAGAUUCUGGUCACGGUAUCGAUCUGAAUCUCAUCCACACCACACACUACAUCUCGUUUUGUUUCUGCAACCAGCUGCAACUCAUGAUAGCUGCUUCUCCUUUUGCCAUAGCAAAUCCGAGGAACCUGAUGCAAGGCGGCCAGCCACACGCGUACAGUCUCAGCCAUCUCCCCCUGUUGCAUGCCUUCCAUCAAAGGCCUAACAGCAAAUCAAGACCAGAUGAUGUUUCCUGGGGCAGCCACAGAUAUUGGAUGCCGAACCAAAUCCUCGCGAGGGCCAUGGCGACUACGGGAUCAGGAUCUUAUACUGAGAUGAUCCUCGGAGAGAAAAGCAGGAUAACAAGCAAUCAAGAUACCGGAAAAGGCAGCGAGACGCAGCUCUUCCAUGAUCACACCGGACAUAAACCGAGAGAGACCGAGAGCUGCUACUUCAGGACCCGAAUCGAAGAGCGGAGGCAGGUGAGACGGGAAGCCGGGGAUCACGAGCCUGAUCUCGCUCUAUCUCUGCAUACAGGACCACGGCAGGAGAAGCGGCCGAAGACAUGGGAAGAGGAGCAAGUAGACAGCAACUUGUCACUCGCCUUGUUUCCUCCCUCAUCCUCAAGCCUUGACAUUUGGUCCAGAGAUGAUGCCAAGGCAUCCUCCCGGAGCACAGCAGGUUAGAUGGAGGAAGAAGAAGAAGAAGAAGAAGAAGAAGAAGAAGAAGAAGUCAGCAUAGUGUCAAGUACUGGAGGUCUCACCAUACGAUGGCAAUGUGGUGAGAUGUUUAGUACUUUUCCGUAUUGUUUCCAACAUGUAUUUAUUACGACAGAGGUGUUAGCACCCUAAAUAGGGCACUCUAUUUGCCUUGCUUGUGUACUUCCUUCCAAAGAGCAACCCAUGAGAUCUUGUAGGAGAGUUGACUGACUGCAAGCCUGCAUAUUAGUUUUAGCUGUGGAUGGAUAAGUAUUUUUCUUUAUAUAUCUACUCCUCAUCAUUAA